AUGCGACCACCAAGAUGCCUCUUCCCCGCCGCGGAGAUCCUCCUCAAGGCUCCUCCAAGCAGACGGUGCAUGUCCUCUGCCGCAGCCUUCCAGCCGCCCAGAAUAGUCGCUGCCAUACCAUGGAAGGGCUCUUCGUUUUUCCUAUCGAAUAGACUGUUUGAUCGAUCAACAUGCCUCGAUUUUGUCGUACUCCGCCGCGCCAAUGGCAUUCGCUCAACCUCUGCUUCCGCUUCCGCUUCCACCACACCUGAUUCGACAUUAUCUUCCUCCUCUGCGGCGGAUCAUUCUACUUCUGCGCAUAAAGAUCACAAAGUCGCUCCUCAUCGUAAACGACAGGCUCAACGUCGCGAAAAAGCAGCUGCCGAAGCCGCCGCUGCCGCUGCUCAAGGCGAAAAGCCACUCCCUCCCGAUGCAUCCUCUCUACUUGCAGCACAUGCUGCUUCGCAAACCAGUCCUUUACGCCGCCACCUCUCCGCAUGCCUCUCACUCGCCAAACCCCGAUUGACGAUGCUCGUUGUUCUUACUGCCAUGGCAACAUAUGCUUUAUACCCAGUACCCGAAAUGCUGUCGCCAAGCACUACCGAGACACCGAGUUUGAGUCCUUUAACGUUAUUAUUCCUCACAAUUGGUACCACGUUUUGCUCCGCUAGCGCCAAUGCCUUGAACAUGCUUUACGAACCCUCAACCGAUGCCAAAAUGACCCGAACUCGAAACCGACCUCUAGUGCGAAAUCUCAUCUCCAAGCGAGCCGCAGUCUUGUUCGCCGUUCUAUCUGGAUUCGUUGGAACGGGCGCAUUAUACUUUGGCGUCAAUCCCACCGUUUCCGGACUAGGUUUCGCCAAUAUUGUUAUUUAUGCCGGGAUGUAUACACCUCUCAAGGCUGUUACAGCUUUCAACACCUGGGUUGGAGCUGUGGUUGGUGGUAUUACUCCUCUCAUGGGCUGGGCUGCGGCUGCUGGUGAAACUGCAACCAAGGACGGCUCAUGGCGCGAGCUGCUAUUUGCCAGCGACGGAUCCUCCAUUGGCGGCUGGAUAAUGGCCGGUCUCUUAUUCGCAUGGCAAUUCCCCCACUUCAUGGCCCUCAGCUAUCCAAUCCGUGAGGAAUACAAGAAAGCCGGUCUUCGCAUGCUGGCAUGGACAAAUCCCGCCCGUAACGGCCGUGUCGCUCUACGAUACAGCUUUGUUUUUAUCCCACUCUGUUUGUCUCUUUGCGCCGCAGGGGUGACAGAAUGGUCAUUCGCUGUUACCAGCUUCCCCAUCAACGCCUGGCUCAUUCGAGAGUCUGUGCGCUUCUGGCGGUACGAGGGCAACAAAGGCAGCGCCAGAGGUCUUUUCUGGGCCAGCGUGUGGCAUCUCCCCGGUGUCAUGAUCCUUGCUCUGUUACACAAGAAGGGCAUGUGGACCAGGGUCUGGAGGAGUGUAUUUGGUGAGGACGAAGGAGAGUGGGAGGAGGAAGAGCUCGACGAGAUGAUGAGCGUGGCCGUGGCAAACACGAAUAGCCACAUGCAGAAUCAGAAGACUGUGCGAUGA